GACUUGUACAACUCAUUACACAUUAAUUGUCAUUUAUACAAUAUAAAUUUUAAUUAUAUUUUAUAGAAGUACUUACAUUGAGAAUAUUUCAUUAAUUAAUAUUUGUCUACUGUGCGCCGUUAAUCAAUAGCCAUUACCCAUUAUUGUUGGUUAUUAUUCCAAUUUUUGAACUUCUCAAAUUUCCUCAAUCCCAUUUUUUAUAGUUAAAAUUGUUAUAGUUUAAUUUUCACUAUAAUUAAAGUCAUGGUCCAUUUAAGUGAAGCUCAAGAGAAACUUAAGAAGUAUAGAGAAGACAACGAACGUAAGAGUAAAGAAGUGUUAGAAUUAUGGGAUUCAUCUGUCAAACAUAAAAUUAAGCAAUUAGGAAAUGAUCGUUACCUAGUUUUGGAACAAGUAUUAAUAGCAGCAUGUGAUUGUAACCGUAUUGAUGUGGCCAAAGUAUGUUUACAAAUGCUUCUUAAUAAAUUCCCUGACAGUCUUAGAGUGCGUAGACUGGCUAUAACAAUACUAGAAGCCGAAGAAAAAUAUGAUGAAGCAUUAGAGUCUCUUGACAAACUAAUCAAAGCAGAUGAAACCAAUGCUCAAACAAGGAGACAUAAAGUCGCAAUAUUAAAAGCUAAAUGUCAGAUAAGCGAAGCCAUAAAAGAACUUGUCGAAUAUCUUAAAAAGUUUAUGGUAGACCAGGAAGGCUGGCAAGAAUUGAGCAAUUUAUACUUGUUGGAAGGAGAGUAUGCAAAAUCUGCAUAUUGUAUGGAAGAAAUGAUUCUACAUAAUUCUCAGAAUCAUUUAUAUCAUCAACGAAAUGCUGAUAUACGAUACACACAAGGAGGUGCAGAAAAUUUGGAAUUAGCGCGUGCUCAUUAUUCGUAUGCUAUUCUUCUUAACCCUAACAAUAUCCGAGCUUUAUAUGGAUUAUACUUGACUGCUCGCAGUUUGAUGUCAUCACAAAAAAAUAAUCAAACAAAAAAAAAUACGUUCAAGAAAAUUGCUACAUUGUCAUUAAAACGAGUUGAACACAUGUACAGUGAGAAAAAACAAUUAAAUAAGAAAAAUCAGCUUUAUGUACUUGAGACAUUAAUGGGAUCAUUGCAUUUGAGCUUAAAUUAAACUAGUCUUAGAUAUUUGGUAUAACUUUAUAUUUAUUGUUUUUACUUCAUAAACGUUUCUUUUUGGCAUUUAUUAAAAUAAUAUUAUGUCAAAAAUUCUAUAUGAUAAUGUAAACUUUAUUUGAUACAUUGUAAUGUGUUCAGCCAAUAUGUUUAAAAUCAUUUUCAGAAUUUUAUUUUUGAUUUCUAUCAAAUUGUCAGUGUAGUAUUAAUAUUACUGUUAUUUCCGUGACCAACUUCAUUGUUGUUUUCACCAAUUUUAUCUACUACUUUAUACUAUAUAAUUAUUAUUUAAUUUACUAUUCAGAAAUAAUAAGAACAAAUUAACUAAUACAUCUGGAUACUAAAUAGUAGUUAAUAAAAUUAAAAUAACUCUGGUACAAAUAUGGUACCUACAACAUUUCAAUGCAACAAUGAAUACACUGCAUUUUAGACAAGGCGUGUUUUCAUCAACAUUUUGUUUCAACUGCUGUACAAUUUUUUGUAAAUGUUCAAAAAUAUAACAUUAACUUCAAAGAAAUUAAAAUAUUGUGUAAUUGAUAAACUUACAUAUUUUUAAAGUUCAAAUAUAUUUAGUAAAAUAAAUAAAACUGAUUCAAAA